AUGCAGGGUCUGCUUUUGCUCCUCUUGGGAGCGCAAUUAUCGCGGGUUUCUGGUCACCCAUUCUUCGCACCUACCGCUGUUGACCAGGCACCACAAACGACAAAGCUUGCGAUCCCACCUAUGGUGGCUGAUGUCGAUGGCACAGUACAAAUCCUCGAGAUUCGAGACGAGCGAGAGUUGAAUGAAUUCUUUGCUCGUGAUACCACAUCUACAACUUCCUCCACAACAUCUACAACCUCCACCACCUCAUCUACCACUACAUCCACUACAUCCACAACAUCGAGUACUACGAGCUCGACAACUUCUACUACCAGCUCAACUACCUCUACCACCUCCAGUACCACGUCCUCCGAUUCAACUUCAACAUCCACCACAUCUUCUUCCACAUCAACUGGCACGAGCAGUUCGACAACAACAACAAGCACCUCCUCCACCACAACAAGUACUGCAACCGCAACAAGCACCGAAACCGCCGCACAAAAGAAGAAGAACCAUCAAGGAAACAUCAAUGCGAUUAUCUUCUCCUGUGUCAUGUUGUCCGUCUUCGCAGGCGUCGCCAUCCUCCAUUGCUCCAAGGAGCGAGCAAAGUCCAAGCGUAUCGCCGCCCGCGAACUCCUCAAAGCCACCGCUGUCGUUCCUGCACCACUCCAGCCUGCCAAGAAUGAGUCAAGCACAAAUCUACUCAGUGAUCGUUCAUCUGUGAUGUUCAGAGACAACCCUUCCCCCGCCGAAUCGCGACCCGCUACGGCCCAAGGCACUGCACCAAUUCACGAGGCUGAGCAUCAUUGA